AUGGCCUCCAAACUAACAGACCUCGCACACACCCUAACCCAAAAGACCUCCUCCGCCGUUCACGGCGUCCACGGCAUCGGCGAAGUUACCCGUGGCACCAUCAACUCCACCCUAGACGGUCUCGUCCCGAACAAGGAGUCCAAGGAAGGCGGCGGGCGUGCGCGCAAUGACGAGAUCGCCGCCAAAGGUCUGAGCGAGAUGAGGGGAGCGGAGGAGCAUCUUCACGGAGGCGGGUAUGCCGGUGGGGGCGAUAAGGUUGGCGAGGGCGCUGGGAAUUGGGGCGCACAUAGUGGCACGCAUGGUGGUGGUGCUGCAACGAGCCGGUAUUCUGGUGGUGAGUCGACGGUUGGUGGGACGGAUGUCUCGUAUGUUACCCCAGCGAAAGGGGAGGGCGCGCAUUUGGGGCAUGCUGGUGUAGGCAGUGGUGCAGGGCCGGCCAGGAGUGAGUAUCCCGGCUCUGCUGCGAAUGACACGCUGCGUCAAGAGCGCGAGCAGGAGAGGUUGUGGGAGGCGGAGCGGAGGGAGCGGGAGGCUGGGUUGCAGCAGCAGGACGUGCCUGGUGGGUUCCCUGGCAAUGAUGCUGGAGCGCACUCUCAUCAGCCGCAACAGCAGACCGCCUCUAAUAUCCCGCCCUCGUCCAACCCUCCCAUCUCGCCGACAAUGCGCAACCACAACACCUCAAACAGCAACCACCAUGGUCUCGGCAGCUGGCUGCAUCACCAUAAGCCUGCUGAGCGCGGCGAGGGCAGUUUCUUGAGCCAAGGCAGUGUGCGAACUUCGCCAGAAACCCAGCCGCCGGUGUCCCAGCAGCAGACAGCCGCGUCCGGAGGUGCGAAGGGUGGCAGAGACGUUGGAGCGGAGGCUGCGAGGCUGGCUUGGAACUCUGGACGGAGCUGA